AUGCCACACUGCCUGCGCCGGACAGGACUGGACAGUGGCACCCUGGCAGCCUGCGUGCGCGAGCUGGAGGAGGCGUGCCGGCGCGGCCUGGAGAGCCGGCGCGAGGCCGAGGAGGAGAGCCGGCUGUGUGCGCGGGAGGCGGAGGCGCUGCGAUGCCACGCGCUGGAGCUGCAGCAGCUGCGCGCUCGGCUGGAGCAAGAGCUGCUGCGGAUGCAAGAGGCGUAUGAGCUGCAGGCCGCGGAGCGGCAGGGAGUGAUUGACGCCCUGGAGGAUGAGAGGGCGGCCCUUGCUGUGGCCAUAACUGAGCAUCUGCGGGACUACCAGGAGCUCGUGCAGGCGAAGACGGGGCUCAGCUUGGAGGUGGCCACCUACCGAGCCUUACUGGAAGGAGAAAGUAACCCAGAAAUACUGGUCUGGACUGAACACAUUGAAAAUAGACCCCAAGAAUUCAGGCACGCCUAUCAACACAUCAACUCAGUAUUCCAGAGGGAAAAUGAAAGAAACCUGCUUCCUCCACAGAAAGCCCCUCCCGUGAGAGUAAAUCAUAGCCCCUGGCCAUAUUCUAACCUGCCGAGGAACCUUGGGUCGCAGAGAAGCAUGGGCCUUGGAAGUGCUGCCCAGGGAGGCUUCCUGGGCUCUGGGCAUUCACCUGUGGCUCCCACCAGGCAAGAAAAUGUUUAUGGAGAAAUGGCCAACGGUCAGACCGGUUUCAACGUUUUUUCUCCAACCUAUGGUCUUGUAAGAAACACUGAAACCCAUGUGAAAACACUCCCUGGAAGACCGAAGACGGAAGGUGCACGUGACAUGACCAGGGACAAAGGCAGGAGAGCCACCAGUGCCCCCACGUCACCCCAAGACCAGCAAGACGGCAAGGCAGUGGGCGCUUCUGAGAGGACGGGGUCAAGCAAGAGGACCAUCACUUCAGGGAAGAAAACAGAAGCGAAAACCACAAGGGAGCAGGGAAAACACAUACCAGAAACUAUCAGGACAAAGCAAGAAGAGAAAGUUUUUGAUUCUAAAGAGAAGGCUUCCGAGGAAAGAAAUUUAAGGUGGGAAGAGCUGACCAAGUUGGAUAAGGAAGCAAGGAAGACGGAAAGUCAGCAAACAAGGGAACAGACGGAAAGGGAGGAAUCACAGAGGGAGAGAAAUGUUCAAGAGCGAACGACACCAAUCCGGCUAGAAGCCUCCCAGGGCGGCGUCCCAAAGGUGUCCCCAACAGGCUCCCAGACGUCCGUCAAGAAGGAUGUUGGUGGUGGGACAGGAAGGGAGACGGAAACCAGAGCGAUGAGGUUCAGGUUGGACGCAGGCGAUGCCCCCAGCUCUCUGACUGGUGAUUCCAGGACCACCGCCAUCGCAGAAAACAUUGUCUCCAGUAUCCUUGAGCAGUUCGUGCAGCCUCAGGAGACAGAGGCCCCUGCCACUUCUUUCCCCGACACAAAAGUCACCUACAUGGAAAGGAAAGAGCUCAGUGGGGACAGGAAAACCAAGACAGAAAUCGUCGUGGAGUCCAGACUGACGGAGGAUGUCGAUGUUUCCGACGAAGCCGGCCUGGACUACCUUUUAAGAAAGAAUGUGAACGAAGUGGAGCUGAAAGGGAAGUCCACGGAGCGGAUGAUAGGAGAUAUCAUCAAUCUUGGUCUGAAGGGGAGAGAGGGGAGGGCGAAGGUCGUCAACGUGCACAUCAUCGAGGAGCCCAUGAGCUCCGUAGGAGAAGAGAAAGCGGAGGAGUUCUCCACGCUGUUUGAGGUGGAGGAGGCCGACGAUGUGUCUCCCGAAACAGAGGGGCUUGCUGAGAGGGCAGAGUAUGGAGAGGCAGAGAGCACCUUCUCAGGCCGUCUGGGUGAAAAAACCGAGCAGUCCCCUCUGAGCGUAACCCGUGUUGAAGAAGUGAUGGAGGCCGGCGACUGGGAGGGAGGGCAGAAUUACUUUGUGUCCACUCCAGAUGAUCAGCAGGGGGGCCAUGACAGAGACGAAGGUUCGGUGUACGGUCAGAUCCACAUCGAAGAAGAAUCUACCAUCAAGUACUCGUGGCGAGAUGAAAUCGUGCAAGGGGCUCGGAGGAGGAGGAAGAUGGACGACCCAUGGGAGGAGGUCGUGCAGCCUGUGGAUGCUGCUGCUCCUCUGGAGGGCGGCCCCGAGUCUUCCCAUCGGAGGGGACAAACUCAAAGUGGCCAGCUUCACACGGAGCCCACCAUCAUUGAGAAGGAGAUUAAAAUACCACGUGAAGUCCACACAUCUGUUCAGGGAGUCUUCUCCAAGGAGCCGAAGCACCAACUGGAGGAGGUUAUGGGGCAGCUGGAGGAAAGCCUUCCAGAGCGAAUGCUAGAAGAGCUAUCCGCCCUCACGCGCGAAGGCGCAGGCCAGCCUGGGAGCGUGUCUGUGGAUGUCCACAAGGUCCAGGCCAGGGGUGGGGGCUCCAUGACCUUGGUCGCUGAAGUCAACCUCUCACAGACUGUCGAUGCUGAUCAGUUAGAUCUGGAUGAGCUGGGCAGAUAUGAAGCCAAUGAAAUUGAGAGAGCUGUGGAGUCAGUGGUCCGAGAAAGUUUGACCAAGAGGCAGAACCAAGUGCCUGGAAGCCCCGGCAAGGCAGGUGGAGCAGAGCCCCCGGCCGCUGGCACAGGCUUCAAGCGCUGGGCCACCAGGGAACUGUAUAGCCCCCCUGGUGAGGGUGGUGAUGCCAGCCAGGCCUCUUCUGGCACACAGCAGACCACCUUCCAGGGGCCUGUAUCGGCCACGUUGGAAGUCAGCAGCCCCAGGGGCCUUGCCCAGUCGCAGGUGCUGGAGGACGUCAGCCAGUCGGUACAGCACAUACAGAUAAUCCCCACGGAGCUGUGGAGGGCUGCGCAAGUCCCGUCCGAAGGACUCACCUCAGAAGUGGUUGAGAUGGAUGUGAGUCCCAUCGCGGCGACAUCCCAUACCACCCGUUGGACACAAGAGUCCACUAGCGUCUUCUCUGCAGCGAAAGAGGUGGCAGCUCCCAGCAUGGCUGAACACGGUGCCUGGAGAGACGCUGGCAGUAGGGAAGACCAGGCAGAGGGUGGGAGCUCUCAGGUCUGGGGUGGUGACAAAAACCAGGCCCAAGAGCCCAAAGGCAGGGAGCAGGCUGCAUUUGAUAAGACAGUGCAGCUACAGAGGAUGGUCGACCAGCGGUCAGUGGUUUCCGAUGAAGACAAGGUUGCUUUGCUCUAUCUCGACAGUGAGGAGGGGCAGGGAGGGGACGAUCACUGGUUCUGAGAGGCAAACACGUGGCUCAGAGUAUCUUAUUUGGUAACAUACCAACAUACAAAGGCCUGUACUUAUUUUAAGAGGGGGCUCACUUUAUGAUGCUGCCUCCCCCUUUUUUUUAACUUCAAAGAGGCAAUGGCCAAUUGACUAUAGUUCCUAUAAAAAGAUUUUAUUCAGAGAAAUUCUGGUCUUAAGAAGAAUUCAAGUUCUACAUUUGAGUUGGGGACUUUUACAUAAUACUUUUCAUCUUUUUUAUCUUGAAAAAAAAAUCCUUUUUCUGGAGUUUUCCUCUCCACAUCUGGAGACAGUUUCUAUGUUUUGCUGUUUUGACCAAUUUUGGUCACAGGAAGGCCCCACAUCUUUUUGAAAUUAUGAUUACCUAAAGGUCGGGUGCCGGCACGGUAACUAAACCAAACCCAGAGCCGUCAAGGUGGUUCCAAGGGGCAGUGGCUCCCCAGGGCGGAGCAGAACUGCCCACAGGCUCUCCCAGGCUGUGCGGCCUGUACUGAAGCCUCCUCUCUCCGACACAGCGACGGGCCUGAGGCUCUGAAUCUGCCCUUCCCCGCACCUUUGGGGCUCUCAUUUAAACCACAACCAGGUUAAUACAGCUAACCUUUAUUUGCAUGUGCUAACACAAAAUAUUAAGCUAACAGCUUCAGGGAAAACAUAAGUGCAAUUUUCAGCUUAAGGGAAAACAAGUGCAAUUUUCUCUUUUCAAAGUCUCUUUCAAAUAGAAAUCUUAGGAAAUAAGCAGGCCUGCUUAUUUAUUUUUAAAGGUCUGCUAAAUGCUUUAGGAAAAAAUUAUUUGAUACAGAGUUAAAAUAAUGUCAAGUUUUGAAUGGACUGCAUGUGCGGAACUAUAUUUUCUUUGGGGGAGGACAGCUGUAGCCCAUUAAAAAUCCACUUAGCUGGUGUAUGCGCAGGUAUACAGAGCACGACACUAGACCAGGUGUUGCUGAAACGAUCAUGGUGAGUUGCUUCCAGGAGCGUUUCCUCUUUGCAGCAUGAGCCUCUGAUUCUAGCUCAGUUCAGCAACAGCCAGCCCCUAUAAGAGUAGACUUGCGCGUCUCUCUGACUGCGUAACCCUCAGCCCCUGAGCAUUUCAUUUCACUGGUGGGAGGUCGACUUCAAGAGGAUGUGCUGCUCACACUGCAGCUGGACUUGCAAGAUGGUGUGUGCAGUGAAAGCAGACACACAGGUGCUUGGGCACCUUCCAAAGAAGCCGCUCUCAGCCCACCGGUUACGGAAUGGUGGUCUCCCUGGGCUCGGAGAUGGAGUGCUUAACCACAACAACGAACAGACCUCAUGGAAUUUUGUUUGCACUUUCAACAGAAAUAAUAGCAGUUGGGGUGUUUUUUUCCAGGGGAAGAAAGAAUAGAUUAAGAUACCUUGGGGAAGCAAGUUGCUGCCUCUCCCCCAAUCCUGCACCAAAGCACCCAGGAGCACCCCAGAGGAUGACAGAGGCCAAGUUCUCAGGGGCUACAGGGCCUGAGCCUGCAGAUAGAAGCCACUGUGUGUGAGACAUUAGGAUGCUGUCUUAGACUAGUUUACACCGGCACAAAAGUGUUUCUAAAGCAUCUGUCAAGUCUUGGAGUCACUUAGCGGUAGCAUCUCUAGCAACAAGGCAUUUCAGCUCAAUCGGGCUGCCUGGACUUGCGGGCACAGUAUCCUGUGAGGACACAUGCUGAGGAAUGGCCAGGGACGAGCGUGAUGCCAUCCUCAGCAGGCGAGGGUAAAGUGGCUGUGGGUAGUCGCAUCGAUUGGUCUUCUGGCAUCGGAAACCCGAGGGAGGAAGCUAGCCACGCUGCCCUCUUGCACAUGUGGGGACAGUGCUACAGCGCCAGUCUGUGGUACGGAGUGUGUGUGUCUUCCCGGUGGGGGAGUCGGAGGAGUGCAGCUAUGAUUUCUUGAAAAGCUCUUGUGGAUCCUUUGGGAAAGGAUCAUAGUGAUGGGUGUAUGACUUGAUGAAUGUAAUCUAUGUCCUUUAAUCAUUCAUGUAAAACUUGGUAAAUGUUUCGUUACAAUUAUUUUUACAGUUAUCUAAACAAAAACAUCUGUGAACCAAAGUAUCAAAAGUUUAUUUCAAUUGUACAUUUAAAACAUUUUUAAUCUACGAAAAUGAACUCCUGAUUAGUAUAAAUAGGUGUUGCUUUACUACUCCCCAGAGAGCUCUCAUUUCUAAUGUAGCCAAAGACAUCCCAACCUUGCCUUCCUUGUAAUGGGCAUUUUUAUGGUGAGAGUUUGAUCAAGGUGACCACCUAGUGUUUUGAUGGCAAAACAGACUGACGAUCAGGAAUCUGAUUUGUGAGUUUAAGCAGCUUAGUUUGAGCUAAUCGCCCUAGAUCACAACUUUGCACAUGGAUGCUAACACAAGCAAGUUAUUAUUUUCCUGACCCACUUCUACUUCGGAAGAUAAAGUUAGACCUUCAUUUUGCUUUCUGAGUCUGCGUGCACAUCUUGAAGGAGUGUUUCUGAAGCACCUGUUUUUAAAGGUCCGUUAACAGUAUGGAAUCCCUGGCUGUGUGGAUUAAAGUCAGGAUAAUUCAGCAACAGUGUGCACCCUCAACAUGAUGACAGGCCACCCACAGCUCUGGGGUUCCAAAGCAGAAAUGGGAGAUGCCGGACCCAAUGCUGUGGUUGCAGGGCUGGGGUGCAGCCUGUCUCUCUGUUCAUUGUUGUGCAGACAAGAUGGUGUCGAGCGAGUACCUUUCCCUACUUCCCACUGGCUGUGGAAUUGUGUGUUUAAAAUGUAUGUUCAGAACGCAAUCAAAAAGCUGGUUUUGCUAGCCUCUUAUUCCGUAAGAAGAUAAACAUCACAGGAAUGUGUAAAAAUAAAAGCCUAAGCAAGAAAAAAAGAGUCUACAGUUUUUCUAAAGAGCAUGAAUCUUUUCCAGUAUACAGUGGUGGUGUCUUUUUAAACUC